AUGUCCUGCUCUAUGACCUGCUCUAUGACCUGCUCUAUGUCCUGCUCUAUGUCCUGCUCUAUGACUUGCUCUAUGUCCUGCUCUAUGACCUGCUCUAUGUCCUGCUCUAUGACCUGCUCUAUGACCUGCUCUAUGGUGCUCUAUGUCCUGCUCUAUGUCCUGCUCUAUGUCCUGCUCUAUGACCUGCUCUAUGUCCUGCUCUAUGUCCUGCUCUAUGACUUGCUCUAUGUCCUGCUCUAUGACCUGCUCUAUGUCCUGCUCUAUGAUCUGCUCUAUGUCCUGCUCUAUGUCCUGCUCUAUGUCCUGCUCUAUGGUGCUCUAUGUCCUGCUCGAUGUCCUGCUCUAUGA